CAAUCAAUGUUUCUCUAGGGAAGCAUUUAUUCUAGUUCGAACUGCGGUGGUCCCACAACUUCAGUCCCUGUGCACAGUAUGCAACAAAAUGAGUAUAUGAAUCUGAAUGAAAUAUCUCCAAGGUUGCAGUUUCCUUCUGAAGAAAGGAAGUGGGAGCUUGGGCUUCAGCUUUACAAAACUGAGGAGAAGAAGUAUCUACUUGAUCUACAGAGGGUGAUCUUAUACAGCUUUUCAGCAGUCUACUAUGAACACUGUGCCAAGGUGAUCUUAUACACUCUUUUAAUGUCUGAAAGGUGUGUCUGACAUGGUUACUUCUGACAUGGUGAGGCCCUCCAGAUGAACGACAUGGAUCUCACGCUUAUGUAUCACAUUUGUGGAGAGUAGGAAUAGGAUGUAGAUGGCUACCCUCACACAUUUCCAUUGCAUUUCACUCUUUUUCAUUUAUUGUUACCAUAAAUCUGUUGAAAUUGCUGUUUUUGAACUUGUAAUAGAAGAACUUUCUCAUGUUCAAUUCUGUAUUAUAAUUCUGAAUGAUUCUUUGGAAAGGAAAUUGGUAGUGGUUUCUGCAAUGUCACAGGUGACAGAUAUGAUGUAUAACCUCAUUUACAAGGCACAGUCAAGGGAUGAAUCUUACGUGUCUUCACUGCAUGAUAUUUUUCAAAAGCACAAACUAACAGCAACUGAUUUAUUUGAUGGAAAUGAUCUUGAUAGAUUCCUAGCUCAAUUGCAUCACAAUAUCAGUAACCUCAAAGCCAUGCUUCGUGCAAUUUACAUAGGAAGAUUUAUGGCAGGCUGCAUUUCCGGUUGGCACAAAGGUUUGUUUCAAUUCUUUUUUCUUCUUCAAUCAGUACAUCUGCUUUUCAAUGUGAUAUCAAACAUUGCUAGAGUUCAAUAUGCUAUAUGCAUGACUUCCACAGAUAUUUUUAGUUAUGGAAUUACUGUAAUAAGUUUUGUUACUUUGCUUCGAUGUUCAGUAGAUACAUGAGAAUGCAUGAGUAUGUGCCUUAGCAUACAUGGAUAUCUAUUUCAUGGGUAUUUGGGUCAUAAGCUGUCUGUGAGUUAUAAAAGGGAAGCUAUCAUGGAUGAUUGGGCUACUUUGAUGCAGUUGG